AUGACGGUUGAUACUCUUGGUAUCGAACAGUUAAUACGGGAGAUAUCCUUCCUUGAAGCAUCUGGUCAGGCCGACCCCAACGCACCGGCCGAAAGCCUCUGUGAAUUGUUCGCUAGGACUAACCCUGAUCUUCUGGGCUCGUUGUUAGAGGUCAUGAAUAACGGUUGUCAUGCUGAUGCGGAUGACAAUGCCUCUACUACGACCGCACCAACAACACCGACUCUCGAGUCUACCUCUGGCUUGUUGUCUAAUGACGAUUUGGCCUCCUCUCACAGUUCUUAUGAGUACAGCCCACAACAACAGCAUUACUUGGCGGCGAGACUCUCUCCUCUGACCUCGACAGACUCGGAUGUUCUUCGUCAACCUCUAGGGUAUCAGCAGCAAACUAUGAACAACAAUGGAAGCAAUGGCUCUCCUGGACCAAUGGUUCCCGUCAAUGUCGAGGAGCUUUUGCGCACUGGCAAUGACACACGAACCACUGUUAUGAUUAAAAGGAUCCCUAGGAGGUACACUGUUGCGAUGCUACGUGAUGAGAUAGAUCGACGGUGUCCUGCUUUGCGGAAUGGUGGAUACGACCUCCUCUAUCUACCAGUUGAUACGGCUAAGGUCGCCAAUCGCGGCUAUGCGUUCAUCAACUUCCGUUCCCCCAAGCAUGUCCUUGUAUUCGCGUCAGCAUUCCAGAAUUAUGAGUGGCCAGGUCAGCGUGCUCAUGGUCCUCAUCAGCCUGCUAAUGGCGAGGUUAAGAUUUGUGAGAUCUACUUCGCCCACAUACAGGGUAGAGAAGAGACUAUUAGGAGUGUGGAUCCAACCGGCAACAAGAAUGCUACAUCUCCGGCUUACCAGAGUAUUGGUGAUGAUAAGUGCUGGGUAUUGGGUUACAACGAGCCCCCAGGAGGAUUCCAGCAUUCAAGGAGAGCUUCCAACAACAAGUGUCAGAGUUUUCCGAUUCUCGAUAUGCUGUCGUCGGCUGGUGUGACUUAUGAUGUUGGCAAGCAUGGCAGUAGCCUAUGGGAGAUAUUUGCUUCUCACCCUGAAUUGGUCGUGCCGCUGACUACUCAUGUGGGCCGUCUACAGUUAGAUGAAGGCCCUCUCAAUCGCCCUCUCCAUCGGGCUAAGGAUUUUCCUAGCUCUGGCGAAGGGAAAACGACUGUCAUGAUCAAGCGUAUUCCUCGGACUUAUACUGUCGCUAUGCUGCGUGAUGAGCUCGAAGCAGCAUGCCCUAUGAUGAGGAAUGGGGGUUAUGACCUUCUUUAUCUCCCUGUAGAUACGGCCAAAAUUAGCAAUCGCGGCUACGCGUUUGUGAACUUCACAUCGCAUGAAUGCCUUUGUGCAUUCGUGGCGUCGAUGCGCAAUCGUCCGUGGCAGAGGUUUUCUCCCGGUUCUAAGCGAUGCGCUGAGAUCUAUCUCGCCCACAUUCAGGGCAGAGAAGAGACUAUACGCAAUGUAGACCCGACAGGCAGUAAAAACACUACUUCUCCUGCGUACCAGAGUAUUGGUGAUGAGAAUGUGUGGGUGAUGGGCUUCAAUAUUGAACCGGAGUUAACGAUGCUUGGAUCACAUCCUCAGCUCGGUCUUGGUUGGGUACCACCUCCUAGAAAACAAGGUAGACAUCGGAUAGGAAAUCCAGCCCUCGGCAGUAUAGACAUUCUAUCUGAGGAUAACAGGAUCCACUUCUGUAAUGGUGAUCCCCUGGUCUGCUGCCUCAGCGUCAAGGUGGAGGAGAACUCUCAGUGGAGUGUCUGUAUCCCCACCACCAUGGAAUAUAGUAUCUCGCGGGCCGGCAAGUAA